GAGAGCAGUGAAUCGUGCAGUCGAGCAUUGCUGUGUUGAGUGUCGGACACAGACUUCUACAAUUGGCCACACUCUCCUCUUCAAGAAAAAAAAACACUUAUGCGUGGAAGCUCGUACACACACUGAAACAAAUAAUGUGAAAAUUGAAAGCAUGUGUACUUUGUCCGUUUAAACCCAAUACUUUCUAGUUUUUAAAUCGACUUGAAAAUUAUUCAAAUCUCUUGGAUACGCGACGUGAGAUGCUGCAAUGUUUCGAGGAGUAUGGCCACGCGUAAGCAUUUUGUGGAUUUUGUCAACAGUUUUGUUUUUUGCAAAAGUAGAGGAUGUUGACUCUUACAGCUGUCAUGAGGUGAAAACCGCGUUUCAAAUGCGGCAGAUAGGUCCGCUGAAGUGGGUACCGGAGGUACCUGGCACAGAUGUGGACCUGCUGGUGUGUAAACACCAGGGCCCAUCCUGCUGUACUCGCAAGAUGGAGGACAGCUACCAGGCAGCGGUGAGACGGGAGACUCUUCAGAACAUCCACUCCUACAGCUCCGAGCUCAAGUACCUCAUCUCAGGACAUGCCAUCGCCUUCCAGGAUACCUUCCAGUACCUGCUCUCCUUUUCGCAGGGUCACCUCAGCUCCCUGCUGGAGAGUUCCUUCCCCUCCCUCUCCCGCCGCGCGCUCCCCCACGUCAACCGGCUCUUCUCCACCCUCUCCCUCUUCCUGCGAGGCGGCGACGUCGACGUGGAGGCCUCCGUCCACCGUUUCUACGACGACCUCUUCCCCCUGGUGUACACGCGGCUGGUCAACCCCGGCAGCGCGUCGGAGGGCACGGUCGACCGGCUCGACUGUCUCAGGAUGACCCGCCAGGACAUCGACCCCUUUGGGCCCCACCCAGCCGCGCUGGCUCUGGAGCUGGGGAGGGCGCUGGGGGCCGGCCGCGCCUUGGCCCUGGCGCUGGAGGAAGGCGUGGAGGUGGUGAACGCCACGGAGCACGUGGGGCUGUCGCGGGAGUGCGCUCGGGGGUUGGUGAAGAUGCAGUACUGCUCUCACUGCCGGGGGCUCACCCUCAUCAAGCCGUGCGUAGGCUACUGCCUGAACGUGCUGCGUGGGUGCCUGGCCAGCGUGGCCGAGCUGGACCAGCCAUGGAGGCGCUACAUGGCCGUCCUGGAGGAUCUGACCCACGCCAUAGCAGGCCAGCACAGCUUGGAGCUGGCACUGCUGGGGGUCAGGGAUCAGGUGAACGAAGCCAUCCUCCAUGCUCAACUCAACGGGUCCCUGAUCACCACCACUGUGGGCAAGGUGUGUGGGCCAUCGGUGGAGAAGACCACUAGCAGCACACACCAAACUGGCCCCGGGGACACCAUCACCUCCUCCACUGUGACCUCCUCCUCCUCCUCCUCCUCCUCCUCCUCUUCCCCCUCUUCCUCCUUUCCCCCUACAUCCACGCCUCCCUCCCUGCCCCCUCCAGAGCAACUGAUGGGACAGCUUACCAACUUCAGGAGCUCCUUGCCCCUGAAACCAUCCAAGAACCAUAAUCCUAGAAGUCUGAAAAAGAUCUCUAGGGAGUUCCUGGUCUACAUUAAGCGCUACAAGUCUGUGUUUGGCACCUUACCAGAGAUGCUGUGCGAGGGAGAGAUGGUGGUGGAUGACUUCAACUGCUGGAGUGGAGAUGGCGUGGUGGAGAGUUAUACAGGCAGGGUGGUAGGAAAAGGACUUCAAGCUCAAAAGCAGAACCCAGAGGUCAAAGUUCGUAGCCCGAAUCCCGUCCUGGCUGAAGUCAAGAAAAAACUGGAGGGCUUCACACAGGAGAUCCAGGAGAGAAUGCCAGGGCUGGGGGAGAGGGAGACAUGGGGGGACCUGGGGAGCGGGGAGAUUGAGGAAGGCAGCGGAGACUGUGAUGAUGAGGAUGGGUGCCAGGGAUCAGGAGACCAUGCUGACAGAACCGCCCACACAGAGGUGUCGAGUGAUGGCCGUCCCCGAGCCAGUGAUCCAGCCAGGGCCAGCCCCGGGGUGAAGGCACCCCCGGUGGUGAGGGUGAGAGGGGAUGCUGCAUUGCCCGCCUGGCUGCACCUCGGCCUGCUCCUGGCCUGCCUGGCUCUCCCCUGGAGCCUGUGAGGCUAUCUGCGCGCCACACAGGGCCCCUCCACACAGACCACCCGCCACCUCUGAUCCCCCCCCCAGUCCGCUGGCCAUACACAGGGGGCCAAUGUUGGGGAGAGAGUAGAGGGAAGUGGGGUGGAGGUUUUGGGCUAGGGUGGUGGUGGGGGGUUGACAGGGCAGCAGGUACAAAGACAGAGGGGACAGUGUGAGGAAGGGAUGGGAAUUUGCUGUCCCCCUCAUGUGUGUUUGUAUGUGUGCACUUGCUUGUCGCACACACACACACUGAUUCACAUACACACACACACACACACAUGCAGACACAGGUAGAUUGUUCUGUAGACUGCUGCUUCCUCUGGGCUGCUCCACAGUCUGUACAGCAUGCUGUGGGUUGUGUGUGAGAGACUACCGUAGCCUUUCUGCUCUCUCUGCUUACAUGCGCACACACACGCACACACAGGCACACACCCACGCACACCAGCUAUCUCUCUUACUUGAGAAUGCUAAAGAGCUGAACUGUAUUCUACUGACUCGUACAGUACGUGCAAGUGAAUAAAAACUUGCACAAAUACACUGUCAAUCAUAUACAAUCACACAUACUCUCUUUUCAUAUCUACGGCUUACGGAGAUUAUAGCUAACAUUGUCUUCACUCUUGCACCAGCUGCUUGAAGACAACAAAGUUCAGCUCAGUUUUAAACUCUUGUGACAUUUAUUUUGUUUACCAGGAAUACGGAAUUGGUGGUAGAUUUAAUACACAAACCUGUGGACAAGGCCCCAAUGUGUCCUGAUUACUAUAUAGUGCAUCUAUGCAAGAAAAGAAUGUAAUGACAAAGAAAGUACACACACGCAUGUUUACCUGACUAAGUAUGUGUGUAUAGUAUGAACUUGUAAAUAGGAUUGAUUUGAUGGAAUAUAUUUAGAAACUGUUGUUGGAAAACGGUCCCGACAAACGCCCUUUUUAAAAUAGCCGUUAUUGGAUUCUAUUCUACUUUCCUUUUCAUGUUCUUCUUUCUUCUUGAACAUCUUUUAAUAACAUCUGGAAGAAAAGCUUUGGAAAAAAACGAACGAGAUACGUAUGCUUCACUUACAAAUAUACCAGCUACAUCAUGUAUGUCACCUCCCUGCGCUGUUCUAGGCUUUGAGGUUUCAUACGGACCCCUUUCACCACAAACUUUCAGUCAGAGCCUGUUUGCACAUUGUGGACACACUUUUGUUUGUUUUGUGUGUUUUUGUACGUUGAAUUGCUCAUACAUGCAUGCAAACUCUACAUACGUUAUUAUAGUUUUAACUGGUACAACUGACUGAGAGGGCUUAAUGUGUAGGGUUGUGGGUUAUGAAUGUAUUGAGUUCGAUGAGUGAAAGGGGAGGGUUUCUGUGGGUACAGCAGUGGUUGACAAGUGUUGAGCGAGUACAAGGUUCAUUAAAUGAUUACACAGAUAUUUAUACCGUGUGCCCAUUCGCAGUCUCAUAAUAUCGUUAGGGUCAGUCCUGUUUAAGCUCCAAAAUCCCAUUGUUGUUUUGUUUUUUAAUUGAACUUAAUCAAGUCCAUAAUCAGCAUUCUCAGAUGAAGCUAUAACGUACCUCUUAAAGAUCUGUUCUCAACCUGGACGUGUUUUUAAGAUUUCCCCAGCCAUGCUCUGAAGUCCUGUUCUAAACGAAGAACCUCGUCUCUAGUCAUGUCAUCUAAGCAGUCCACCUGAAUCACUAUCCUGCCUCUGUUGUUGCUCUAUGUACUGUAUGUAUGUUCUUAAUUGGCCUCCAAUGCUCCCACCUCAUGUAGAGGCAUAUCGCAUGUGUAUAAAUGUAUAUAUUUCAAGUCGC